GCACUGUACCCCCCCUCUCUCUCACUGAGGUGGAAGUUUAUUGUACCAUACAUAAACCUCUCCACCCUUAUCCCCUCCUCUCCGCCCUGCACCGCCACUCAUGGCCUGCUCCUCCUCCAUCAUCGGAGUUUCCUCCAUAUACCAGACCAAUCCAUCUCUUGACCACUCCAAGCGCCCCACUUCCGCCCCGCCAUUAGCUCUCCAUUUCUCCGCCGCUCAUAACCCCUUCAGAGCUUUUUCUUUCGCCGGCCGCCUCAAGGCGGCUGCUGGUGCGUCCAAUUCUUUUGUUGCUUCAGCUGUGGUCACUCCCAACUCCUCUGUUUUGAGCGAGGAGGCGUUUAAGGGGCUUGGGGGUUUCGGAAGGAGCGCCUCGGACGUUAGCGGGAGCGAGUACGAAGAGUCGGAAGAGGAAUUUGGGGAGAUUGAGGCCGGAAGUGCGGAUGAACUAGAUGUUUCUAAACUUGGUUUGCCUCAACGCCUUGUGGCUACGCUCGAGAAGCGUGGGAUUACUCAGCUUUUCCCUAUCCAGAGAGCUGUUUUAGUGCCAGCACUGGAAGGUCGUGACAUUAUCGCUCGCGCAAAGACUGGGACCGGAAAAACAUUAGCAUUUGGUAUCCCAAUAAUCAAAGGACUCGAUGCUGAACAGGAAAAAGGUUCUUUGAGACGGGGACGGCUUCCAAAGGUAUUGGUCCUAGCACCUACCAGAGAACUGGCUAAGCAAGUGGAGAAGGAAUUCAAAGAGUCUGCUCCAUAUUUGAACACUGUCUGCAUUUAUGGAGGGGUUUCAUAUGUCACACAGGAGAGUGCACUUUCCCGUGGAGUUGAUGUUGUGGUUGGAACUCCUGGUAGAAUUAUUGACCUGAUCAAUAACAACAGCUUGAAAUUGGGUGAAGUUCAAUAUUUGGUUCUUGAUGAAGCGGAUCAAAUGCUUGCUGUUGGAUUUGAGGAAGAUGUCGAAGUCAUUCUGGAAAAGCUUCCUUCAGAGAGGCAAAGCAUGCUUUUUUCAGCAACCAUGCCUGGUUGGGUUAAAAAAUUAGCCAGGAAAUUUCUGAAUAAUCCUCUGACCAUUGACCUAGUUGGUGAUCAAGAAGAAAAGUUGGCUGAAGGAAUUAAGUUGUAUGCUAUUCCAACUACAGCAACAUCCAAACGGACUAUCCUUGGGGAUCUCGUGACAGUCUAUGCGAAGGGUGGAAAAACCAUUGUUUUCACACAGACUAAACGAGAUGCUGAUGAAGUCUCGUUGGUAUUAACAAAUAGCAUUGCUUCGGAGGCACUGCAUGGCGACAUUUCUCAGCACCAGAGGGAAAGAACGUUAAAUGGUUUUAGGCAAGGAAAAUUUACAGUGCUUGUUGCUACUGAUGUUGCUGCUCGCGGGCUUGAUAUUCCGAAUGUUGACCUUGUUGUUCAUUAUGAACUUCCAAAUGACCCAGAGACAUUUGUGCACCGUUCCGGCCGAACAGGACGUGCAGGAAAAGAAGGUACAGCUGUUCUGAUGUUCACCAGUAGCCAAAGGCGGACUGUCAAAUCUCUUGAGCGUGAUGUUGGGUGCAAGUUUGAAUUUAUUAGUCCACCAUCUGUUCAAGAGGUUUUGGAAUCAUCAGCUGAGCAAGUAGUUGCUACCCUUAGCGGUGUUCAUCCUGAAUCUGUUGAGUACUUCACUCCAACUGCACAAAAACUCUUUGAACAACAAGGAGUUGAUGCUCUUGCUUCUGCUCUAGCAGCCUUGAGUGGUUUUUCUCAGCCACCAUCCUCUCGUUCUCUUAUUACUCAUGAACAGGGUUUAGUUACACUACAGUUGACACGUGAGACUGCCUAUUCUCGAGGAUACCUAUCUGCUAGAUCUGUCACAGGAUUUCUGUCUGAUGUUUAUUAUGCUGCCGCAGAUGAAAUAGGCAAAAUACACCUAAUUGCUGAUCAAAAUGUUCAAGGAGCAGUAUUUGAUCUUCCAGAAGAGAUUGCAAAAGAGUUGCUGAAUAAGGAACUACCACCUGGAAACACUAUUUCCAAGAUCACUAAAUUGCCUCCUUUGCAAGAUGAUGGGCCUCCCAGCGAUUUUUACGGCAGGUUUUCAAACAGUGAUAGACGGUCACCAAGAGGUUCUAGGGACCAAAGAGGAGGUUCAAGGGACCAAAGAGGAGGUUCAAGGGACCGAAGAAGUUUUAGAUCUUCCAGGGACUGGUUGGAUGACAUUGACGAUGAGGAUAACUCCAGGAGAGGUAGUCGCAGCAGCAGAACUGAGAACAGGUGGUCUAGGAACUCGAGAAGCAGUGGGAGUGAUUGGUUGAUUGGUGAUAGGCAAUCGAGUCGGUCACCAUCUUUUGGGUCCAGGGACAGAAACUUUGGAGGUGCAUGCUUCAACUGUGGGCGUACUGGCCACCGUGCAUCUGAAUGCCCCAACAAGAAAGACUACUAGUUUACCGUCAGAUCAUCCUCCUCCUGUUGCAGCUUGUGAAAAUGUGAAAACCUUGCGGUUGAGAAACAAAGCCUUGGGCUGAUUGGUUCUUUCCACUAGCAGAUCCAAGUCCAUAUUGGGUGAAAAAGGCAUCAUGGAGGAUCACAAGCUUCCAACUUUCCCGUUUUUGCGGCAUCUACAAUCCGAGUACCACCCAUGAUCCACUUAGUACUUUCUGGCGGGUUGAUUAUUUAAAUUUUUUGAUCACUGCACCAAUUUGCCAAAAGAAGCCUAUUACCUUGGGUUGUGAUGAUUUGGGUAACUGGAAAUAAUUUGUGUUUCUGAGUAACAAAGCACCUAUAGAAUCGGCUGUUACUAACCAGGAUAAUUGUGGUAUUGAUAUAUAAAAUACUAUGGAAGCGUUGUUUUGGAAGACAUGCCAGAGUGUGAUAGAAUCAGUGCAUUUUUACA